AUGGAAUUAUUGGAAGAAAAAAAAGCGAAUUGUACACUUAUUGAGAACGGUUUGAAAGGUCUGUGUGAGAGUGCUUCAAGAGGAAUGAAUGUUUUUGAUGCAGUCAUAAUCAGUAAACUGAUUAUUGAAGAUCAUUUAAUUGAUAAACCAUCUGAACUAGAUUCGUUGGCUAAAUCGAUUUUGAAAGUGUUAAAAAAUGACGGCGUGGCGAUUAUUCGUGAAGAUCUUGAUGGUUAUCGAGCAACCGAAAAAGUGUGUCAGUUCACAAGUUUCUUUGAUUUAUUCAGUGACCGGCUUGAUGAUAGUACCUGUGAUGUUGCUGGUUUCGAUUUCUACUCCUUGAAACAACUGAACGCAACAAUUCACACAACGCGAAAUUUCUUCGACUUUUUGUGGGUUCUCAAAAAGAAGCAACAUUCAGAGCAUGUGGCAAAUGGUAGUAAUGAAGAAAAAGCGAAAACUGAAAAGAAAACUUUUCGUGACUUUUUGGAUACAACACAAUAUACAGAUGAAGGUAUUCGUGCGUAUGAAUGGGUGUUUGGUAAUCAUUUCAUCAGCCCCGGUGGCUAUGAAGAGAAUUUAAAAGUACUGAAAAGAUUCGGUGAACUUAAAGUUGGUUCGAAAAUGUUGGAUAUCGGUGUGGGUAUCGGAGGUGGUGCACGUCAAGCAGCGAAAGAAUUUGGCUUGUUGGUACACGGAAUUGAUAUAAGCGCAAAUAUGCUGGCGACUGGAAUGGAUCGUUUACAAGAAGAUAAAGACACUCGCAUUCGAUACCAAAUUUGUGAUGCACUCAAUUACAAAUUUCCGUCGAAUCAUUUCGACUACGUGUUCAGUCGCGAUUGCUUGCAUCACGUUGAACACAUGCGCAUCAUUUUCAGCAAUAUUCUUGUUCGUUUCACUUUUUUCGUUGAACUUCACGCCUUUUCUUCCCUUUUUUUCAACUGUUUUCUGCUGAUUUCAGUUCCAGCUAUUUUAAAUGCUCGACGUUAUUGCGGUCGUUAG